GGCGCAGCCCGCGGCUCUGAGGGCAGCGGCAGCCCUGGCCCGGCCCCCGCCGCCGGCCUCGCAUCCCCGCCGGCGCUGACACCCGCGGCGAGACCCCCGGGCCGGGAACGAGGAGGAGAAGGGGCGCCGGCCGGAGCCCCGGAGCGGCUUCGGGGCUUGGAGGCGGCGGUCGCGGCCCCGGGGCCGCGGGGCUCUCCCCGUGCCCGGUCGGGGCGCGGAGGAGGCGCCGGGGCGCGGCGGCGGAGCGGGCCCCGCACGGGAUGAGUCGCCGCGCCGCCAGCACUGCCGGCCCCGCGCAGGAAACCUUGCGUGAUACUUUCUGCUCUACUUUGGACUCUGGUGGGUUAACUGUUGCUGGCAUUUGGAGCUUGAGAGAUUGCCAUAUGCAAUGGACACUGAUCUCAGUUCCCAGGACAGGAAGGACCUGGACAAGUUCAUCAAAUUUUUUGCUUUAAAGACAGUACAAGUAAUUGUCCAGGCCCGACUUGGAGAGAAAAUCUGUACCCGCUCGUCAUCCUCCCCAACAGGUUCUGACUGGUUCAAUUUGGCAAUCAAAGAUAUACCAGAGGUUACUCAUGAAGCAAAGAAAGCCCUGGCAGGACAGCUGCCCGCUGUUGGACGGUCUAUGUGCGUGGAGAUUUCUCUCAAAACCUCAGAGGGGGACUCCAUGGAGCUGGAAAUUUGGUGUCUGGAAAUGAAUGAAAAGUGUGACAAAGAAAUCAAAGUUUCAUACACUGUAUACAACAGGCUGUCUCUAUUGCUGAAGUCUUUGCUUGCUAUAACCAGAGUAACUCCAGCCUACAGACUCUCUAGGAAACAAGGCCAUGAAUAUGUAAUAUUGUACAGGAUAUAUUUUGGUGAAGUCCAGCUGAGUGGCUUGGGAGAAGGUUUCCAGACAGUCCGUGUUGGGACAGUGGGUACCCCAGUGGGCACCAUCACUUUGUCUUGUGCCUACAGAAUCAACCUUGCUUUCAUGUCAACCAGGCAGUUUGAGAGGACCCCUCCUAUCAUGGGGAUUAUAAUUGAUCACUUUGUGGACCGUCCCUAUCCCAGCUCUUCACCCAUGCAUCCCUGCAAUUACAGAGCUGGUGAGGACAAUGGUGCAGUAUACCCCUCAGUAGAAGAUUCCCAAGAAGUGUGUACCACAUCUUUUUCCACCUCUCCUCCAUCUCAGUGUGUUUUUACUGUCACAAAGGCACAUUUUCAGACCCCUCCUCCUGUGGUGACGGACACCUUGAAGGUCCCAGUGAUGGGGCUGGCCUUUUCACAUCAACUUUCCAGCUCACGUCUUUCCUAUCAGCCUGCUGCCCUGGGAGUUGGAUCAGCUGACAUGGGGUAUCCUGUACUCUUUGCUGGUGGUUUGAAUGCUGCACACCCUCACCAGUUGAUUGGUCCAGGCAAAGAAGGGGGAGUUCCCCCAGUUCCUAGCCAGCCAGCACAUGGCACUCAAGCUGACCAAGAGAGGAUGUGCACCCCACUGGAGGGAGUCCAUUACUCAGCAGCUACUCCUUCUAGCAGUGAGGACACAGAAACAGUAUCCAACAGCAGUGAAGGAAAGUGUGGCUCCCCACAUGACCUUUUGGAGACCAUCUUUAUCCGGAAGGUGGGAGCUUUUGUCAACAAACCCAUUAACCAGGUGACCAUGGCCAACUUAGACAUUCCUUUUGCCAUGUUUGCUCCCAAGAAUGUUGAGCUGGAAGAUAACGACCCCAUGGUCAAUCCUCCUGAAUCCCCAGAGACAGAAUCUCCCCUACACGGCAGCUUACACUCAGAGGGCUCCAGUGGCAGCAGCACAGGGAACACCCACGAUGACUUCGUUAUGGUCGACUUUAAACCAGCAUUUUCAAAGGAUGACAUUCUUCCAAUGGACCUGGGGACAUUUUACCGUGAAUUUCAGAACCCCCCUCAACUCAGCAGCCUCUCCAUUGACAUUGGAGCACAGUCCAUGGCAGAGGAUUUGGACUCGUUACCAGAGAAGCUGGCAGUCCAUGAGAAAAAUGUCAAAGAAUUUGAUGCUUUUGUGGAAACCUUGCAGUGAAGCUGUUUCCCAGUUCUGCUGCAGCAAUUCUUCCUCCCCAAGGCAUCCUGGAGAUGACAUCAACAGAUAUCUCUAUUGCCCCUGCUCUGCCUUUUGUUCACAUUGACUAGUUCCCUCCAUCAAGUGAGCUUUCUUUUCUCUCUUCAAUGACAGAUACAGCUCAUCUGCUGAUUCUCUUCAACUUUUCCACCACAUAGUUCUGGACUGCUUUUCCUGCUCACAGUCAGUUUUAAGACUUCAGUAGGGACACAGGAAGUCAAACCUCAGUGUAUGGAAACUUACUUUCUCUUCAGUCUGUGUUCUGUAUGGAGGGGCGUUGUGGAAAGCUGCCAUAUGCUUCCUCCAAGGGUCCUAUGGUGUAAGUUUCCUAGGUAGAGCUUCUUGCUAACAGACUUUUUCCUGCAGUCUCUGAUCCUGUUAGAGCAUAGAAAGCUUUGGCUUAUUUCCAGGGUCUGUGAGUUCAGCAAAUUGAACUGUUUGAAGUCCAUUCCACAGAACUGGGCAUUUCAUCCUGACUUCAGAGUGUGUGCUUGGAGCACAGGGAGAGACGUCAGCUUUGGGACCUGCAUAAUCCAAGUUACCUUUGUUUUCCUGCUUCUAAGGAACUGGGUCUCUACACUGUGCAAGGCCCUCUGUUAGGUGGCUGAUAAGCAGGAGUGAAACUGCAGGAAUGCUUUCCACAUUUCCUUCCGAGUGCACUGACACUCGGCCAUGCUGAGUUUAACAGUGUUGACUGUUGGCAAGCCUGCACAUAGCAGCUGUGAUGAUGCUGAAUUCAUAGUCUCUGCUUUUGAAACAUAACUGUAAAUACUAGGAAUCCUAUUUCUUUAGGGUUAUGUAACUAGGAGUCUUAGUCCAAGAUUUUUUCCUCUAAUCCUUGCAAACCUUCCUGCUUUAUGGUUAAUAGAUGAUCUUAAGAAUUAAAAAAUAUUUAUUGCUUUUAAAGAAACCUAUAUUUAAAAGAUGUUCUGUUUUCAUGUUAUAGUGCGGGUCAUUCUGUCCUGAUCAUUGCAGAGAGCAAGUGUGCCAUGGAACCCUAGCCAGUGAGGCUAGUCUCUCUUUGCAAGAAAAUAUCGAAGAUAUUUAUUUUCUAAGACAGACUUAAUUAAUAUUAUACUCUAUUUGGGGGACUGUGUGUCCAUUACAUCCAGCCAGGACUCACUGAUAAAAUGAAAUGCACACGUCAGUGGAAUGGAGUGGCAGGGACUUGGUAAAAAGCUGUUUUCUGAUAGGCAUGGAUGAAUUUGUAGUGUUCUUUGGCCAUUCAGAAGGCAGCUUCUUUAAAGAAGCACACUUUUUUGGGAAGCUUAUGGUACUUUUUAAUCAGCUGGCUUUUGAGUAGCUGAAAUUUUAUUUUUGUAAUAAUCCAGCCACUGACAGUGUGACUGGCUGGAAUUGCUCUAUGGGUGAUUUGGCUGUUGCAUGUCUUCUGCCUCAUGUAAGGAUGGGAGGAGAAACAGUGACACUAAACAGAAACUUGGAUAAGGUGGGGUUUCUUGUGGUUCUCUCCAUUCCUGCUCCGUGUAACUAGAGUGUGCAACUGCAAGACCCCUUACUGUCCAAAACCACUUCUUUUCCCCCUAGUUUCUUUUAAGUGGAGUUGUUUUGCUUGAGGACUGAGAAACCAUUUCCUCCGAGUGGCUGAGUAACCAGCCUUCCAGUUGGUGCAAUGUGGCAGCUUCAGUUUAGCUGCAUUCUUCAUUGGAAGAGAUUGCCUGCAGCUGAUGUGGGAACCCCAGCUCCACUCUGGGACUCUAUUUCUGUGUCACUGCUGGAACAAGGAGCCAAAUUCACAGCAGCUUACUUUAAGGCCCGAGCAAAGCAAUGCUUUGAAGUUGAUGAGAAUUUUUGUUGAGAGAUGUGUUUGGUGGGAGGCCUUGUUAAGUUCUAAAACUCCAGGUAAGAGCUUCAUUGAAGGAAAAUUACCCACCAGAACCUUUUUAUUUUACUCAACUGAUUCAACUUCUUAGCAACCUCACAUGGAAAUUGCUUUGUCCAUGCAAAGAUGCAGAAACAUUUAAGAAAGGUUCCAAGAUGAAACAGUUUGUAACAGGACUUCAGUUACACAGGCUGUAACAAAUAUUUGUUACCCAUCCAAAAGCCACCUUGUUUCACAAGUGGGAAGGAUCACAGAAGGGUGCAGAACAAGGAAAUAAUGUAUCAACUGCCUCUCACCUGUGUCCAGAAAGUUGGUCUGCCACUUUGUAGGAAGUAGUUUGUAGACAGGUGGUUGUGAACUUUAGUCUCUGAAGUGAUACAAUCUGGGCUGCAGAGCAGCAGACAGGAGGCAAAGGGCUGGUUCACACCAUAUGAAUAGAGAAUAGUUGAGGUUAAAGUUCAUCUAGCCAGCACUCCUGCUGUGCUCUUCUGCUCACAAGCUGUGGAGCUGGCAGGGAGCACUGCCAUUCUUGUUAACCCCACCCAGCAGGUCAGGGCUUGUACUUGUGCUCCUUUAUUGUGGGAGUUCCUAACAUGGCUACAGCUCUCACAUCUCAUAAGGCAAAAUGGCACUGUGGCACAUUUCCUCCUCUUCAAGAGGCUGGAAAAUUGCUUAUAUAAGCUGCUAGUGUUGAGCUGGAUGGCCAUAGCAAUAAGAGAGCCUCCAGGGCUGAGGUACCUGCCUCUUCUCUGGCCAGUCUUCAGUUUUAACACAUGGUUGCUACGUCUAGGCCCUGAGUUCCCUGACCACUGCACAAAUGCUCUGCUGCUGUGGCCUGCCACAGAUUGUAUUAUGAAGGCUGUUUAUUUUAGCAGCUCUCUGCUCUGCUGAACAUUAAGGACAGUAUCUAUGUAGCUGCUGAUUUACAGAUAUUUUGGGUGGAGGGGAAGGUUCCUCAAGUGUAUUAUUUUGGAAAGUCUCUGGUGUAUUUCAAGUAUUCAAAGAAUUUCCAAUAAAACUUUUGUGUAAGCA